AUGGCUACUUCCGCCGUGAACAGAUGGCUAAGGCCUGAGGUAAUCCAACGCUCCCUCUCCCUGGUCUCUCGACAUAUCUCCCUGUUCAUUCCCAUAUUAACAGUUUGAUAUAACAAGAGAUCUCCAUCCCUCUUCCUGGUCUCUGUCGUUCUUGAAGUUGUUGUUCCGCCACCUCUCCAAACAACGUAGGGCUUCGUUAUACAUGAAUAUUUUUGCAGAAGAUGAAGACCCUCUAUCUCUUUCUUUCUCUCUAUCCCUCUCUCUUCCUCUCUGUGUUCGGCCUUUGUUGAUACUCCUUCAGCAGAGAGAAUCGUCUCCUCCUUACACGCAGUUUCCACGCUUCUCGAUUCUUCUCGUUUCAGAAGAGAACUGCUCAAGACUCUUUCUCUCUCUCUCUCUCAAGAUUUUGUCGGAAGAUAAAGUGAUCUGAGGGCUCGGAUGCGAUCUUGCAGGUCUACCCGCUGUUCGUGACCGUCGGAGCGGCCGUCGGGAUCUGCGCCUUUUCGCUGGCGAGGAACAUCACAGGCAACCCAGAAGUCAGGUAACGUCUUAUUUUAUCAUUUUCUUUAAACUAUCGUAUUUUAACACUAAACGACCGUUGACAUUUUGCAAACGGAGACGUUCUUCGACAACCAUUGACGAUCUGGUCCUUUUUUCAAAUAAGAAAUUAACACUUUUACUCUAUAAAAAUAAGAACGACUUUUAUCAAUCAUCUAAUUUGUUUUUUAUUUUAAUUUCUGUGCAUUGAAUGUUUUAGUGGGCAACAACUUCAUGAGAAUCCACCUCAUCCUAUUUUGUUAGGAUUUUCUUGAGGCCUAAUAUGAUUUCUAGGGUUGACUCCUAUAUAUCCAUUAAACUAAAAUUUCUUGUUAAUUUGACCACAGAAAAGUGUUAACUCUAUUCGUUACUUAGGGUUGGCUUUCCUGUAGACCUACCCUAUUUCUCAACCCUAUUAAGUUGUUUUUUUCGUUUUCCAUGAAAAUUUGUAUUAAAAAAGAACUUUGGAAUAUUCACAAGCAUGGCUUGGAAACCAUAUGUGACUUUUUCUAUAUGCACAAGACCCAUGUUAUUAAGUGAAUGGUUAACUAUUAAUUUGUUUUUCAUUUUCUUGUCAAAAAUAGUAAAAACCAUGAGAGUUAAAAAUUAGAUAAUGAAAUCUUGCAGGGUUACGAAGCAAAAUAGAGCAGCAGGAAUCCUUGAGAACUUCACAGAGGGGGAGAGAUACAAGGAGCAUAGCCUUCGAAAGUUCCUACGAACAAAGACUCCAGAGAUUAUGCCAACUAUCAAUGCCUUCUUCACUAGACCAAACUAA